AUGGCGCCCGUCCUGCGCGUCCCCAAACCGCGAUCCCUCCUGCACUUCGUCUCCCUCCGCACCGCCGCCGAAUUCAUCAACCUCACCCUCAUCAUCAACAAAGUCACCGGCUUCUACGGCAUCCUCGCCCUCUUCACCGGCUACCACCUCAACCCCCUUCAGCUCUCCCACUACAUCUACUCCCUCGUCAUCCUUGGCCUCGUAACAUGGCUCAUGCCCGCGAUUCGACGCCCGGACCAGCCGCUGCGCAAUGUCGCGCUCGCGUGGAUAUAUGUUUUGGACACGGUGGUGAAUAGCGUGUACACGGCGCUCUUCAGCGCGGGGUGGUUCAUGCUUCUUUCGCAGCAUUUGCAGGAGCCUGGGAAGGACAGUCCGAUCGGGGGCAGUGCCGGGACGAUGAACGAGGUGGCCGGGUUUACCGAUCCGGAGCACAACGUCACGCAGGUGGAAGUUGUCGCGGAGCCAGCGCCAGGUCUUCUCGCCGGCCAGCAGGCAGUAGCCAUCGGCCACAGCGAGGCCUCGCUCAGCCAGUCCGUCCUGCAGAGCGACUCCAUGACCAGCAUCGCCCUGCUCGCGGCCUUCAUCAUCGUGCGCAUCUACUUCUGCAUGAUCGUCCUGUCCUACGCCCGCUCCAUGCUACGACAAUACGUCGCCUCGACAUCCAACUCAUCGGCCUCCUACAGCGAUACUUCCGACCCUACCAUGGCUGAGAACCCCUUCCGUGAAGGCCGAGAGGAGAGCUCCAAGCUCGGAAGGCUGAUGCUCCGAUUCCCGAGCAAGAGGUAUUGGCUUGGCAGGGAGGAAUCGGAGGCUGGGCAGAGUGAGUGGGAGAGAGCUACGAGUGGCAGAUUUGAAAGUGGCAGGAAGGCGUUGAGGAUUAAGGUGCCUGAGGGUGUGGGUGAGAGGGAGAGGAGGGCAAGGAGUGGUACUGGUCCGCCUUUGCCGGCUGGUGCUGGAAAGAAGGUACCAGAGUAA